CAAGCCACCAGACGCUGCAGCAAGCGGGAGCAAGCAAACGCAGCAGUUUUACAGCAGUUUUAAAUAACUGCUCGAUUGCGCCGCGAUCUAACGACUGAUAAUGGUGCAGCAGUGAAUUGCAAGCAGCAUGCGACGAGCAGCAGCUCUACUGGUGGCCGCCACGCUCGCCAGCGCGGGCGUCCCAAACUUAGAUCAGUGGGACGAGAACGCGCAGCGCGCCUACGACGCCUUGCAACAUGCGCCGCUACCGUCGACGCCGCCGGUACAACGAAAAGGCGAGGGCGUCGUCUACGCCGUCGGCGGCUCGGAGGAGUUUUUCGACCAGGAGGUCGUGCCCUGCGUCCGGCACCUCACGCGACUCGAGAACUCGGGCGACUCGUGGCGCCACCUGACGAAGCGCACUUUGAAGUUCAUGCUCUUCCACGAGCGGCGGCAGAGGGAGUUCAAGAAGUGGGAUCUGGUCCAAAAUUUUUUUGAUGCCACGGAGGCGUUUGAAGACGAGGCGCCGGCGUCCAUGACGCGCGUGAGCGAUCCACGGAUACGAGUGAAGUCCGUGAAGGCCUGGGCGUUCUACCGGGCGCCCUUCGAGCGCUUCGUUUAUUUAGAUUUUGAUUCAAGACCUUGUUCGUGGCAUGCUCCGUCGGACGUGCUGGCGAAGCUCGCACAGAGCGGCAAAGACGCUUUGCUACAUAACCAGUGGCCCGCGCAAGCCGCGCUCACCGGUUCAGCCCACUUCCGGUGCGAGCACCACUCGGCCGUGGCCGCGUUUCGAAGGACGGACGCGUCGGAGGCCGCUCUCAGGUUUUUCGUCGACGCGUUCGCGCACAUGAAGCUGCGGCGGGACCAGCCCGCGCUCAUGGUCGCCUUGCGCUUGGCGAGGGACCGCGCGGGCUUCACGCAUAGUGAUGUGGACAACGCGACCUUCUGCCGCGCCGCGUCGGGCCGACCCGUGUCGUGCGACGCCGGGUGUUUGCUCUUACACAAGCCGAUGAAGUACGACGCGAGCAACAUCGUGGUCUCCGUCGGGCGGCGCGGCCAGGGCGGCAAGGCCGUCAAGCGGGCGCUCGCGGCCCUCAAGCUGAUCGACCGCGACGAGGCCUGUGUUUCUCCCGACGAGGCGACGCCAGAAAAAUGCCGGGUGCUGAUCGGGGAGCAGUAUGCGACGCCCGAGGGCGCCGCCGAUGUGCGGGCACGGUACCCGCGCGCGCGAUUCAUCGUGCCCGCGGCGCCGGCGUGCCACGCGGACCGCGCGCACGUCGACGCGCUAAAGCGCGCGGGCAUCCCGGAGCACGCGUUGUUCGAACUAGAUCUGCGGAAGGCGGCGGACGCGGGCCGGCCGACGCACUGGCGCGACUUCUGUGCUUUCGUGGAGGCGUGGUCGUCGUGCAAGACCCAGAACCUUGCGCGCGUGGCGAACGCGUGGCUGCGGCGGGCCAUCUGGGAGGACGCGGGGCCCGGGAGCGCCGAGAAGUGCGUGUCGAUCGUAUAG